AUGUCUGGGCGAUCGGAUUGCAGGAAAUUUGCACCAAACAUCUUCAACAAGAGCAAAUGCACUAAUUGCUUCCGACAGAAAGAGGAGCAUAGUGCUGAAGCUUUGGAAUCAAAUCGGUCUCGUGACAGCUUUCCUACCCAUAACACGACUGCUAGUGGUCGUUAUGGUACUUCAUUCUACUGUUUUUCUGCAGUUGUGUUGGCAGUUAAAACUGCAGCCAAGAUAAACUGCAUGCCUGAAGGCACAUUCCAGUGGUUAAACCUGAUAGGUAUUUUAGCUAGAUAUCCUGGUAGAAAACAUUAG